GAAAAAAAAAAAGGGGCUGGUUGUGGCGCAUGCGCAGUUCAAUACCGGCGACGGCUCGAGAAGGCCUAACGAAUAAGGUUAACAGAGGCAGAUUAGACGGGUGGCACAAUGAGUCAGAGUAAGGACAAUGCCCGACUCAAGAGCUACAAGAACAAGUCGCUCAACACAGACGAAAUGAGGAGACGGCGGGAAGAGGAGGGCCUGCAGCUCCGUAAGCAAAAGAAGGAUGAGCAGCUGUUUAAAAGGAGAAAUGUUGCAACGGCGGAAGACGACUGUGGCGCGCUGGAAGAUGAUGGAAUGGCUGACAGCGGCUGCCUGGAGUCCCAGGCAAACAAGGUGGACCCACUCCUGGGUGGCAUUAUCUCUGGGGAUAUGACUCAGAUGAUCUUUUGCACUACUCCUGAGCAGCAACUCAUCGGUACCCAGCGAUUUCGGAAACUCCUCUCCAAAGAGCCUAAUCCGCCCAUCGACGAAGUCAUCGCCACUCCGGGUGUGGUUGAGCGCUUUGUGGAGUUCCUGAAGAGGAGAGAAAACUGCACGUUGCAGUUUGAGGCUGCAUGGGUGCUUACAAACAUCGCAUCGGGCACCUCCCACCAGACGCGGGUGGUCAUCCAGGCCGGCGCUGUGCCCAUUUUUGUAGAGAUGCUCAGCUCAGAUUUUGAAGACGUACAAGAACAGGCUGUGUGGGCACUGGGUAACAUAGCAGGAGACAGCACAGAAUGCCGAGACUUUGUUGUUGACUGCAACAUUCUGCCUUCACUGCUGCAGUUAUUGGCUAAACAGACUCGUCUAACAAUGAUGAGGAAUGCAGUGUGGGCGCUCUCAAACCUGUGCAGGGGGAAGAAUCCUCCUCCUGACUUCACAAAGGUGUCCCCGUGUCUCAGCGUGCUUUCAUGGCUGCUGUUCGUCAAUGACACAGACAUCACGGCUGAUGCAUGCUGGGCUCUCUCAUACCUGUCAGAUGGCCCCAACGACAAAAUCCAGGCCGUCAUCGACUCGGGGGUUUGUCGCAGGCUGGUGGAGUUACUGAUGCACACUCAUUACAAGGUGGUGUCUCCCGCUUUACGAGCCGUUGGUAACAUCGUCACCGGUGAUGAUUUUCAGACACAGGUCAUCCUAAACUGUUCCGCACUGCAGUCGCUUUUCCACCUACUGAACAGCCCCAAAGAGUCCAUCAAAAAGGAAGCCUGCUGGACCAUCUCCAACAUCACAGCGGGGAACCGAGCACAAAUACAGAUGGUGAUUGACGCUAAUCUCUUGACCCCUCUCAUCAACAUCCUGCAAGUGGCAGAGUUCCGCACAAGAAAGGAGGCGGCAUGGGCAAUUACCAACGCCACUUCAGGGGGCUCUGCAGAGCAGAUCAGGCACCUGGUGGACCUCGGCUGCAUAAAACCCCUGUGCGAUUUGCUCACGCUGAUGGACUCCAAAAUAGUGCAGGUGGCCCUGAAUGGCAUCGAGAACAUACUGCGGCUGGGUGAGCUGGAAGCAAAGAGGGGAGGCGGCAUUAACCCCUACUGCGCACUCAUCGAGGAGGCCUAUGGUCUGGACAAGCUGGAAUUCCUGCAGGGCCACGAGAACCAGGACAUCUACCAAAAGGCGUACGACCUGAUCGAGCGCUACUUCAACACCGAGGACGAAGAUGCGUCGCUGGUGCCUGCCGUCGACCUGCAGCAGCAGCAGUUCCUCUUCCAGCAGUGUGAGGCGCCCAUGGAAGGCUUCCAGCUAUAAUGCCCGCCUGGCGAGAGCGACCCAUCCAUACGCCCUCCUUCUCAAUCGUCAUGCCCAGUUCCUGGAGCGUGGGUCCGCUGUCACCCUUUCAUAAUCCCCAAAAGAUAUCCUGCUACUUUGCCGAGUGAGUGAGUGAGUGAGUGAGUGAGUGACAUGGACGUCACCUAGACACUGGACUGACAGCGAGACCGCAUUUUGACCCGGACUCAACUGACGAAAGGCGCUUAAGACGCCCGCUUCCUCCCGCUCCCUUUCAGCCUAUUGAUGAACAAAUUAGGACAAAUCUGACUUUGUCGCUGAGGGGCAGAGCUUCCAUAUCACCCUCGUUUGGAUGACCACUGAUCCUCCCGUGGAAUGGCAGUCUUCCCUUACAAAAAAAAGCCUGGGAACUGUCCAGUGGGGUUUUAAUUUAUUUUUCUUGUUUUUACUAGCAAUCAUUUCAUUUUCGCAGCACUUUAGCUAUAAGGACUGAUGCCCGUUCGCUGUGAGUGUGAACACAUUUUACUAUUAAACCGGUUGAUGACACGGUGCGUUCUGUGACGAGGAUUGCUUCAUCCCACCCCCUGCCCCGCGACUAAAAGGGACUGGCGUAUCGUGACCCGGCACACUCACUCCAGUCAGACAAAAUUGGCGGACAUGGUGUUUCGAGUGUGUGCUCUGCUGUAUGUCGUGUUGUCUUCGAUACGAUCGUGCCAAAUAUUGAACUCUAUUUUGGGAGGUUCGGAAUCUUAGCAUGGUUCGCGUGAUGCCAUCAAUAAAAAUGAAAAAAAUCCAGAUAAUUUCAACAAGAAACUUGAAAAAUCCCAGUGAUCGACGGAAUGUUUACCUCGAAGUUUGCUUACUAUAUAAAUGUCAAUCUUCUGAUCGGUAUUUGUUUUUCCGCCAUGUUGAGGAUAACAGGCUUGAAACUGACUAGUAGACUGAUUUGUUUUCCUCUGUAUAAGUCUAAUAAGUUAAUACCCGCUGUGUUAAUUUUCAAAUUUCUUUCGAAGUGCAAGGUGACGUAGAAUGCCCCCCCCUGGGAGGAGGGUUGUGUUUACGCGGGGUCUGCAUGGUUGGGUUUCGAGGCGGCUAAGCUUGUGCCACAGCUUAGCUGGGGACCAGCGUGGAGGCCCCUUCGCCCCCCGCUUAUGCUGUGUUCACACCGGACGCCAAUUGGAUGCGGAGUGAUGACAUGGAGAAUCCAUACAAAUGGUGCAAGUUGGAACGAAAUGGCACAAGGUGACAGGGAAGACGUGUGACACGGUGAAUCAGGUGAACAAGCGAAACACCGGACAUUGAACUAUUCGCGCCACACGAUCACAUCUAGUCGUUGCAUAUGCGCGAUGCCUGCGACGUCGGGGGGCAAACGUGAAUAUUCGCCUCACCUCCCUUGUGUAAAUUCGUGUGAAGCCGUGUUGCAAAGGCCAAUCAGCAAUGCAUUGCACAGCUGCAGUCACAAACCAAUUAUCUGACUUUUAUGGGUUUUUUUUUUUUUUGGGGGGGCUGCGGCCUGCGGCGUCUGUGGCGGUCAUGAUUGAUUGAUUGAUUGAUGUAUUUUUCAAUGUAAAGCGCUUUUAGUUGCAUUUUAUGCAUGAAAGGCGCAAUAUAAAGUUUGACGGAUUGAUUGAAA